AUGUGGGGAGUUCAAGUAUUACAAAAAUUUAGAGAAUUUGAAAUUUCAAGAUUUUUUGAUUAUGAUGACGAGGGAAUUGAAGAUGAGGAAUAUGGCUUAGUAUAUAAAGAAUUGCGACAUUCUUCAGAGCAAUAUAUGUUACCCUAA